CAAACAAAAAUUCCAAAUUCCAAAUUCCCAACCUUUUUCCUCCCUUUCUUCCCCCACUCUCCGCCGCUCAAUCUGCACCUUUUUCCUUUGCUUCACUCCACAAUUCUCCCUAUAAUACACAAAACCCUAACCCCUUUUCAAAGUUAUAAAAAAAAAAAAAAAAAAAAACACAAAAAACCAGCCAUUCCGCAGAAUUCUUGAACACAAAAUGAAGUUAAAGAAACCCCAUAUAUGUUUCUUGAUUUUCUUGUCAUAUGUUGGCUCUGUAUACUCUCAGUCAAGUGCUUCAGAUGCUUCAGUUAUGCAAGAAUUGAAAAAACAAAUCAACCCACCAAGUUCACUAAGUUGGGUUGACCCAAACCCGUGUAAAUGGGGUAAAGUUCAGUGUACUAAAGAUGGCAGAGUAACAAGGAUCCAAAUUGGAAAUCAAGGGCUUAAAGGUUCUUUACCACCAAAUAUCAAUAACUUAACGGAAUUGCAAGUUUUUGAAGUACAAAAGAAUGGGCUUACUGGGUCAUUACCAAGUUUUGCUGGGUUAAGUUCGUUGCAAAGUAUUCUUGUUUCUGAGAAUGGGUUUACUUCAAUUCCUAGUGACUUUUUUGAUGGUAUGACUUCUUUACAAACUGUGUAUUUGGAUAAAAAUCCCUUUUCACCAUGGUCUGUACCAGAUAGUCUUAAAAGUGCUUCUUCUUUGCAAUUGUUUUCGGCUAAUUCUGCUAAUGUUAGUGGAAAAAUCCCUGAUUUCUUUGGUGGUGAUACGUUUCCUAGUUUAACUGAUUUACAUUUGUCGUUUAAUAAUUUGGAUGGUCCUUUGCCUUCGAGUUUUUCGGGUUCUUCGAUACAGACUUUAUGGUUAAAUGGUCUAGGAGGUAAGUUGAAUGGUUCAAUAGCUGUGGUACAAAAUAUGACACAAUUAACCCAACUAUGGUUGCAAGGCAAUGAGUUUACAGGCCCUUUGCCUGAUUUUUCGGGGUUAACGCAGUUGCAAAAUAUUAGUGUGAGAGAUAAUAGCCUGACUGGUCCAGUGCCGGAAUCUUUGGUUAAUCUUCCUUCGUUAAACACGGUUAAUUUGACAAACAACUUAUUCCAAGGGCCUGUGCCGAAAUUUGCAGCUUCGGUGCUAGUGGAUCUGUUGCCUGAUACAAAUAGUUUUUGUUUGUCAACGCCUGGUCCUUGUGAUUCGCGGGUUAAUACGUUGUUGGCUGUGGCUAAGGAUGUGGGGUACCCUAAGGAGUUUGCUGAGAAUUGGAAGGGGAAUGAUCCUUGCUCGCCUUGGAAGGGCAUAACUUGUGAUGGUGGGAACAUUACAGUGCUGAAUUUUCAGAAAAUGGGUCUUACGGGGAAAAUCUCUCCCAGCUACUCGUCUAUUACAUCAUUACAAAAGUUGAUGCUAGCGAACAAUUUUCUUACAGGAACUAUUCCGACUGAGCUCGCGUCGCUGCCUAACUUAAGGGAAUUGGAUGUUUCUAACAAUCAACUUUAUGGAAAACUUCCACCAUUUAAGAGCAAUGUAAUGGUGAUAACUGAAGGCAAUGUCAAUAUUGGGAAGGAUAAUCCACCUCCAACUGUCCCCGGAACACCUGGAGCACCUUCCGGGAGCACUCCUAGUUCGCCCGAUGGGGGUGGAGGUGGAAAAACUCAUGGAAAUGGUGGUAAAAAAUCUUCAACUGGAGUUGUUGUGGGGUCAGUGAUAGGUGGUGUUGGUGCUGUUGUGGCUGCUGGUUUGUUUGUGUUUUGUCUUUACAGGACUAAGCACAAGAGGUCUGGUAGAGUUCAGAGUCCACACACAGUGGUUAUUCAUCCUCAACAUUCGGGUUCUGACCAAGAUGCUGUUAAGAUCACAGUUGCUGGUUCAAGUGUCAAUGGAGGGACAACCGAAACCUAUAGUUGUGGAAGCAGUGCACCUGGGGACUUACACAUUGUUGAGGCUGGUAACAUGGUGAUUUCCAUCCAAGUUUUGAGGAAUGUCACUAACAACUUCAGCCAGGAGAAUAUAUUGGGGAGAGGUGGAUUUGGAACUGUUUAUAAGGGGGAGUUGCAUGAUGGAACUAAAAUUGCUGUUAAGAGGAUGGAAUCUGGAGUUAUGAGCGAGAAGGGUUUGGAUGAGUUCAAGUCUGAGAUUGCGGUGCUUACUAAGGUUCGCCACAGGCAUUUGGUUGCACUGCUAGGAUAUUGCUUGGAUGGAAAUGAGAGGCUACUUGUAUAUGAAUACAUGCCACAAGGGACAGUGAGCAGGUAUCUUUUCAACUGGAACGAAGAAGGGUUAAAACCCCUCGAAUGGACAAGGAGGCUAAUUAUUGCAUUGGAUGUUGCAAGGGGUGUUGAAUAUCUUCACGGUUUAGCUCAACAGAGCUUCAUUCAUAGAGAUCUGAAGCCAUCAAACAUUCUUUUGGGAGAUGAUAUGAGGGCAAAAGUUGCAGAUUUUGGACUUGUUCGCCUUGCUCCUGAUGGAAAAGCUUCAUUGGUUACAAGGUUAGCUGGAACUUUUGGCUAUCUUGCACCAGAAUAUGCAGUUACGGGCCGAGUAACCACUAAGAUUGAUGUGUUUAGCUUCGGUGUAAUUUUGAUGGAGCUUAUUACUGGGAGAAAAGCUCUUGAUGAAUCACAACCUGAGGAAAGCAUGCAUCUUGUGCCAUGGUUCCGCAGAAUGCAUAUAAAUAAAGAGACAUUCCGGAAGGCCAUUGACCAAACAAUAGAUCUUGAUGAAGAAACUCUGGCCAGUGUCAGCACAGUUGCUGAGCUGGCCGGUUACUUCUGUGCUCGGGAACCCCAUCAGAGACCCGACAUGGGCCAUGCUGUUAAUGUCCUUUCAUCUCUGGCUGAGCUCUGGAAACCAGCAGAGGUGGAUGAGGAUGAAAUAUAUGGAAUCGAUUAUGACAUGACCCUACCUCAAGCAGUUAAGAAGUGGCAGGCUCUCGAGGGAAUGAGUGGCAUUGACGGCUCUUCUUCAUACAUUGGCAGCAGUGAGAAUACACAAACGAGUAUACCCACUCGGCCAUCUGGAUUUGCUGAUUCGUUUACAUCAGUAGAUGGAAGAUAAUUUGAUCGUCCACCAAUAAUACUGGUGGAGCUUUUGGCCUAAUGUUGUUGGUGCCCUUUAGAGUGUUGGUUUGUUCAUUCCUUGUAAUCAUCCCUUAAAUCUAUCUUCCCCUUCUUUUUCUCCCUUUCUUGGUUCUGCAGGGUUUUGUUGAGAUCCUAGUAUAUGGAGUUGCUUUCAUCUGAUUCUUCUUAAACAUUUACUUUCCUGUGCUUUCUUUCUAGAAGUUAUCCAAUAUGCAAAUAUUAUGAGGCAAUUUCUGAUUUCA